ACUGAGUCGUGGCCGUGAUACAGGAAAGGUCGCAUUGCGGCCCCCUUUUGUGGCACGUCAAAAGUCGCGCGAGCCCUCUCCUUUCUGCAUCACAUCGGGCUCGCAUACCAGAUCAUUCGACAUUUGAUUUUGUGCAAGGCGUUCAGGGCACUCACUCAUGGGCUUUUUGGCACGAUGAUUCGGCACGUACGACUUGUUUCCGAGAGCAAUCUCAAAACUGCGGAGAGCGUCUGUUUUUGGUGUUUUUUUCUUUUCCUACCAGCAUUGUUUUUUCUCUCUCUCUCAGUACCGGCGGAUGGUUUUUUUUCGUCGUUUCCAUGCAUUUCUUGGGUCUCAUUAUUCCACUUCACGUUAACCUCUCUGGGAGAGGGACGGGGUAGCAUUGGCAUCUUGUUUUACGGGCGGCAUUAUUCAUGUGUAGUAGGCAUCAAGCUCCUCUUCAUUGCCGAAAGUUUCCUUUUUGGGGUCAUGCUUCUUCCAUCAGAUCUUCGGCUGGGCGGUGGUGCGUUUCGCUUAUAUACAUUUCUUCUCCUCCUCCCUCCAGUGGCAUUGAAUUAAAACCGAGACUGUUUACGCGUCUUUGGGGAAAUCCUAAACCACGACGCACGAUGAGAAAUUGGACAUGGAUAUAUAUAUACAUGUGUAUCUGCUUGCCAAGGUCUAGGCUACUGUGUCUGUGAGCUAUAUGGGAUUUGCAGAUGCACGCGAAGUGUGUUUAUUU